AAUGGAUCAGGAUAUAGAAAUUGUAUAUUUCAAAAAUUAAUUAGGAAAAAGAAAUAAAUGCUAUGAUGAUUCAGAGAUUUUGGAGAUUAAAAAGAAAUAUAAGAGCAGCUAGACAAGUUAUACCUUCUCUUAGAGAGAAAUUUCAUUUUUUUUAUUCAAGCAUAAGUGUCAAUAUGAAGGCAACAACUUCUACUUAAAAGUAGGAAAUUUAGGUAAUAAUUUAGAUUAUUUACUUUUGUGAAAAACAAGAAAUUAAAAUAUUUUGCCUUUAAUUUAUGUGAUAAUCUUUUGUGUCAGUAAUGGGUAAAACAACAAAGAUUGAAUCAAGAUCCAUUGCCUUUCAUUUUUAUUAAUAAAAUAUAUAUUGGAUCAAUGGAUGAAUUAUAAUUACUAAUUGAUUUCAAACUAUUUGAUUCAAUUUUGAAUCAAGGUAAUAUAUUUUAAUUAAAAUAUAUAUAGAAUAUUUAAAAUAAUGUUUAGCUUGUAAAACACCAAGAGAAUCUUUUGAAAAUGAGAAAUGUUUGAACUGCUAAACAAAUUACAUUUUCUUUGAAAAAAAGGGUUAAGGAGUGAAAAUCUGUCCAAAAUGUCGAGAAAAAUAGGAUGAUGAUAGAAUAAAAUGUGAAAAAUGUGAAGUUGAGUGUAUAAGAAUUAACAAAAUAUUUAUUCAUUUAUAGGAAAUACAAUGA